CAAAACACAUCUAUUGCCUGUUUGACUGAAGAAUGAAUUGGUUUAGUUUUCUCUUGAUGUUGGUGGCUCCUGCAAUGGCGCAGAAAGAUCUGUUAAUAGACUGUAGAUAUGAUACAGUCAGUAUAAGCUGGAAGCCCAGACUGGAUCUAUCAGAGAAACUGGAUUCAUCCAGAGCUCUGCUGGGCAACUGUGCUCCAAGUUUCCUGGGUUCAGAUGAUUCACUGCAUUUCUAUGUUUCAUUGAGUGAUUGUGGCUUUCAUAAGCAGGUCCAAGUGAGGUGGGUGAGGUACUCCACUGAAUUGCUCUAUGACAGAGGACCUGGACUCCCCUUAAUAUCACAAACGGUCCAAUGUGUCCAUGAUUUACCUGUAGGGGAGGUGAAUGGAGCAGACGAGGAGGUGAAUGGAGCAGACGAGGAGGUGAAUGGAGCAGACGAGGAGGUGAAUGGAGCAGACGAGGAGGUGAAUGGAGCAGACGAGGAGGUGGUCUUCAGCAUGGAGCUCAUGAACAAUGAGUUUAGUGGCCCUGCAUCAUCUUUGAGUUUUAAGCUGGGCUCCAGUAUUCCCAUCAGAGCUGAGGUUCAGAGUCCUGGACCUCUGUGGAUCUUUCUAGACCGAUGUGUGAUGGCCACAGGGUCUGACAUCAGAUUUAAUAGUAAGGUGCACCCCAUCGUUUCUAAUUCAGGGUGUCUGAUGGAAAGUAAAGAAGGAAACUCCACAUUUCUGCCGAGACGGGAGCCCAGUGAAAUGCGUCUUUACAUUGAGGCCUUCAAAUUUGCUCUUGGAGAGAAUAUUUUCCUUCACUGUGACCUGACAGCAUGGGACAUCCACAGCUCGAAGGUUGAUGGGAAAGCAUGUCACUACGUGAAGGAACGCCACAGAUGGGAACUCCUUGAUAAUCCUCCCCAAAGUUACUUGUGUUCCUGCUGUGAGUCCACCUGUAAAUGGAGGAUAGACACCCUGAAGGGCCAAUCUGCACGCAAGAUUUUAGGACCUUUUAUAAUAGUGGAGGAUGAAUCCGAGAGAAACGUAUCGCUGAACACCAAGAUUACUGAACACGGUUUAAGUGAAUCUCCAGUUUGGCUGGUGGUCAUGUCAGUCGCAGCUGUGCUGGUUACUGUAAUGUUAGUCAUCGCUGUGAGCUAUUAUCUGUGUUUCUGGAGAGGAGGACGCCUGGGCUACAGGCCGAGCAGAGAUCUGCUGACGAAAUAUUGAUGCUGAAAUGUUUUUCAAUAAACAUUGCAUGAGAA